GAAUGUUAUCAUUCCAUUGAAUGGACGUUAUCACGUGAAAAUAGGUCCAUAUAAAUGGUUUAGUAUGUACCUACUGUGCCUACUAGAAGGUGCGAUAUGUUGUUGUUAGCCAUUUCUAUCGUUGUUAGAGCCAUUGCAAUUGUCCAUUAGGCACCUUAUGUGCCUACUGAAAGGUUUAGUAUGCUGUUGUUAUCCAUUCUAAUCGUUCAUCGCUCAGGCCAAUAAGGAACCAGCUACAACGUAGGUGUGCGAAGGACAGGCCAAUAAGGAGCCAACUACAAAGUGGGUGUGCGAAGGACCAGUGAAAUGCCAGCAUUCGCGGAUCCGCGGGCAUCAUUCUGUCCCAGCGUUUGACCAGUACACAUUGAGUCCGAAUUGUAAGAGCCAGCUUCUUCUUCCCAUUUCAAGGUAAGAUGCAUAGAAUUGUACCAGUGUAUCUCUCUAUUGUUAGGAAAAACAGCAGUAUUUUAAAUUUGCUUCAGAAAUCUAGAGGGUCCUUUAUUUUCUUUAUCAGGAUUUUUUAGGGUUGCAAAUUUAAUUCAUCAUACGUAACCUGCAGUUUGUAGAUCAAUUGUGUCCUUUAAUCAGAGAGCUAAGAUAGUACAUGUUUGUUUAAACUCUGAGCUACAAUCUGUUGAAACUAUACUUAGUUUUUCAAUGUAGCUUACAGGAUAAACUUUUUAUAAAUUACGUAGUGAGCUUUAGGCAAACAAUCUUUUAUGGUUGCGCCUUUAAGUAUUGUGCUUUUCCAAUGUACUUUGCUGGCGUUAUUGCCAUAUAUUUAAGUCUUUACUUCUUUGGAAAAAUGCAGAAUUUUCUUGUGAUUUUUAUGGCGUAAUUGUAUGCUUGUAUGUCUUUUCAGGGUCUGCAUGGCUCAGACAAAGCAAGGAGAAAGAACAGUGAUAACUGAAGCUCAAAAGCUCUCUCUAAAGGCCCUCUUUGACAAGGGCAUGACCAGAGUUGGAUCACCACUUAUCAGCACUGCAGUGGCAGAGACUGGACUUCCGCAACAUGUUAUUGAGAACUGGAUUGGAAAUUACAGAAGAGUUCUACAUCCAGCAAGAAACACAUUAACAAAACCAAAAUUACACACCCGGGAGCUGUCUGCAUACAACUUGUUCUGUCGAGAUCUCCUCAGAAACAAGGGUACAAUGGCAGACAUUAAAGAAAGGUGGAGCAGUUUAGAGGAAGAGGACAGGAAUAAGUAUAUUCAAGAAGCGGCAGACCUGAAGGAGCAAGGGCAAGCAGAACAGCUUACUAGUGAAAUAAGGGAGCUUAAAAUAAGAAAGCACCUGAAACAGCUUAAGAUUGAGGUGUCCCAGCUUGAUGAACUUGGGGUGGAAACAGUAGUUUUGUUGUAUGAUGGGCUCAAUCAAGAAGCUGCAAUCCAUGAGCUGUCCAGCAAGAAAGCUAGUGACUUCCUACAGUCAACUGGAACAGGGAACAAGUUUGGACUUUAUUUUGCAGGUAACCUCCCCGCUUGUUCAAAAGCCAUAUCUAUGGAUGCUAUUCCAGUUAUGGUUCAUAAGGUUCAAGACCUGUUUAACCAAAAGUACAAAGAAGCUGGAGGUGUCGGCAGACUCCCCUACCAGUCCUUAGCUGCAGGAAAGGUUGCCGUUGAUGCUACAGGCCUGCCUAAUGACUUGCCGCUAAAAAAGCCAUGUCUUUAUGGACGGCAGCAGUUGGCUGCAAUUUUGGAACAUGGAACUGGCCUUUCGUUUAAAAUAAGGUCUGACCAGUCUGCCACAGUGUGCUCCCUAGAAGAGUCAACUGUGACAUUACAGUCCAUUUGUUCAGAUGGACAGACACCUGAAGCUGCAUGCAACUCGGAAGAUUCUGGGCCAGGGACCAGUGCAGGGGAAAACCAUGCAGAAAAGACAGCAGUGGAAAUAUUAGAGGCCAUUUGUGUAGAUGAUUCACAGCUGGCUGCAGCAGAUUGUCACACAGAGGAAACAGCAGUGGAAAUAGUAGAGGCCAUGUGUGUUGAUGAUGCCAGUAGUCUUUGCUGUAUCUGCAGAAUCCACUUCAAUGACAAGCAGAAAAAUGCCACCAAAAAGUGGCGCUCCUGGUCACAGUGCACAGUGUGUCAUCAGUGGUCACACACUGCAUGUAAUUUUAAAAGAAACAUGUGCUAUCUCUGCCAGUGCAAAUAAUUAAGUUGGUUUGUCAACUUGCUGUUCUUAAUCUUCUUAAUAUUAUUCUGUGCUCAAACACUACAUCCACACACACACACACACACUCUCACACACACACAACCCACUCACUCCAUACCACACACUACACUCCACAUAUUACACACACCUCACACUACACACACUGACACCCCCCCCCCCCCCCCACACACACACACUCCACAUACUACACACACACACACACACCUUACACUAGACACACUACACACCCACACACACACACCACACAUACACACACCAUCCAUACACACACCACAAACACUACACACUUCACACCACACACUUCACACCACACGCACUCCACACACCACACACUAGAUUCCACAUACUACACACACCUCACACUACACACACACACUCCACAUACUACACACACACACCUUACACUAGACACACUUCACACACAGUCCACACCGCACACACACACCAUAAACACUCCACAAACACUACCCACUUCACACCACACACUUCACACCACACGCACUCCACAAACAUCACACUUCACACACCCAGCACGUCACAUACACUCCACACCACACACAAGCCAACUUAAAGUUCGUUCACAAACUGUCAAACUAAAAUGUCAUUUUUUUUGUACAUCUAGGCAUGUAGACUGACCGUAAACUGUCAGUGAGAUUGUUACAUACAAUAAUGUGUGUGUCUAUGCUAAUAAAUGAAACAUUAUGCGACACAA